CAACUGUCAGAUGUUGUUAUAGAUAAAAGCGAUGUGUGCAUAACAUUUUUAAGGGAAAAUUUCAAAAAAAAAAAAAAUUUAAAAAAUAAAAUAUGUCAGUGCAUUUUCUUAGGCUAAAUAAUGGAUUUAGUGGUUUUGUUAAGACACUAAAUGUGUGCAGCAGACAUUAUUCUGCAAUUCAUAGAAAUCACGUGAAAAAUGACAUUUUAUUAAAACCAAUUAUCGUUUGUGGACCAUAUAUUAAUCCAUGCGAUAGAAGAGGUUUUAUCGGAUACGUUCCGGACAAAAAGGAUGGCUAUAAAACGAUGAAGGAAGAGUCACAAAAAGAUCACAUCAAAUAUGGACUUAAGGCGCUUAAAAAUGAAAUCAAACUAUGGACGGAAGAAUGGAAAGAACGAUUGAGACAAGAUCCUCAAAUACUUUUGCCAUUCGGUGAAAUCGAUACGGUGUUUGAAUUUAUGAAACAAGAAGACAUUGACAAAUUUAUUACAACAAGUGAUAGCGACCACAAUGAAGGAUACAGCCAUUGUUCGUUUAAGAUAAGUGAAGCCGGCUAUGGUUUAUUCAGCGGUGUUCUAGAUUCGACGGUUCCAAAACAAGGAAACGUAGCAAAGGCUGGCUACUGUAAUGUAACAAGUCUUGGUGUGAAGAAAUCAUUUCAACGCGACUCAUACUUUGACUGGGGACAAUAUAAUACACUAGUUUUACGAGUCAGAGGAGAUGGUCGACCAUAUUCAUUGAAUUUACACUCACCCGGAUUUUUUGAUGUAACUUGGCAUGAUAUAUACAGCUAUAUCCUAUACACGAGAGGCGGACCGCAUUGGCAAUUGGUUAAGAUCCCGUUUUCGAAAUUUUUUUUGGUUGCCAAAGGAAGUGUGCAGGAUAAGCAUUGUUAUAUGUCAUCUAUUCAAGUGUCUCGCAUUGGAAUUACAGCGGCCGGUUUAAAUUGGAUGGACGGUGAAUUUAAUUUGGAAAUUGAUUAUAUUGGCGUCGAAUAUAACCCAUAUCACACUGAAGAAACAGCUUAUGAAAUGUAUAAAGUACCCAGUUAUAUUGUUGGCACUUAAGCAACUUUACACUAAGCCAUUUAGUAAUUGGUUGAAAAUAAAUGAUAAAAUUGAAGUGAAA